CCAAAACUUUUGUUUUCCCCGUCUAUUAUAUUAUCGACAGCUAUACUCACGAACAGAUGAGCACCAGUACAGCUCCUGCAUCUCUGAACGAGGUCAAACAUGUCGUCUUGGUACUUUCCGGCAAAGGCGGUGUCGGCAAAAGCUCGGUGACCACCCAACUCGCAUUGUCACUGGUGCGCCAGGGCUUCUCGGUUGGAGUACUCGACGUUGAUCUUACUGGGCCUUCGCUUCCGCGCAUGUUUGGGCUCGAGGCUAGGAAGAUCCAUCAAUCAUCAAAGGGAUGGGUGCCAGUAUAUACCGAUUCAACCAAAAAGCUAUGUGUUAUGAGCAUCGGGUUCCUACUAAAGGACCGCGGCGACAGCGUGGUGUGGCGAGGUCCAAAGAAGAGCGCCAUGAUCAGACAGUUUGUCAACGACGUCGUCUGGGGUCCUCUUGAUUAUCUGCUGAUAGAUACACCACCAGGAACAUCUGAUGAGCAUAUCGCUAUCGCCGAACAGCUCCGAGACGCUCAACCGGACGGCGCGGUUCUAGUCACGACACCGCAGGGAGUUGCGACGGCUGAUGUGCGGAAGGAGCUGAAUUUCUGCAAGAAGGUUGGAUUUGAAGUUUUGGGAGUCGUCGAAAAUAUGAGCGGGUUUAUAUGUCCGCACUGCGCUGAAUGCUCAAAUAUAUUCUCAAAAGGCGGAGGUGAACAGCUUGCUGCACAGUUCAGCAUACCGUUCUUGGGGUCUGUGCCUAUCGAUCCCCAGUUCGUUCUCAUGAUUGAGGAACAGAACAAAUUUGUCACAAAGGCGGUCAACAGUGCCGACGAGAACGAGCUGAACAAAACAAUCGACGACUCAAUAGCGAAUUACGGACUAGUGGAGAAGUACAGCGACAGCAACCUCUGCCCGAUAUUUGAGAAAAUUGCACAGCAAGUCAUCGACAGCACGAAGGAUAAACAUCGGAUCUAGACCGAGAAAGGCGCAAAUUUUUUCACCAUUG